CCUUUCAUAUGUUUUGAGAAAGCUAAGGCAAUAUGUCACCUACAGAAACACCAAUCCGCAUGCCUGUUAAAAGAAGUGCAGUGUUCAAACCCAGGUUGUGCAGAGAAGCUGCCCCAGCAGGAUAUGUCAGUUCACGUGGCAUUCGAAUGUUCCUGGAGAAGAAUAAAUUGUGAAUAUUGUCAAGAAUCAGUCCUGUCUCAUAAAAAGCAGGUAUGCAGAUAUCAUCAACACGUCAUCUUGAUUCUGUUGUUUUUCAGUUUCAGGGCGAUACAUUCCUCACUUAGAUUGACGAGAUCAUUGUCCGUAAUUCCAUAAUGACAAUUACGGGCCAUUGACGUUCAAUACGGGAACGAAAGGGGAUUCUUUUAUAAUUAUAAACAUAAAGGAGGAGCAUAUCGUUGGCACCACAUAACAUCAUCUCUGCCUUGACUCAAAUUAUGAGUUUUUGUUUUCUUGUUUCCACCAUUUCAAUGAAAUUUGAAACGUCACGCGAGUGUGAUCAAGCUUCAAAUGCCGGCGUUGGGAGGCGAAUUUUUAGUACAUUUUAAAGGCGAUUUCGAAAGGCUGUACGGAAUCUCAAACUGUGGCAAGUACUACGUUUUCAUAUUUUUAUCAUGUUGAGCUACAUCUUUAAUAUCAAAAAUGUUUGGUUCGGAGUAUGCUGCUGCUUUAAUUUGUGUGGGUAGCUUACUUGUUGAGAACAUUUUCUCUUUUUUGACAGCCAAGUUUUUAAUUAUUUGCGUUAGAUUGCCCUGCACUAUUCGCGAGUUUAACCGGUCCUGGAGUGAAAUGUGGCAUCGUGCUCAAACGUGUUCUCUACUUUUGUCUAGAAACAUUUUGAUGUUUGCCAAAAGUUUCCAGUUCAGUGCACCAAUGAGUGCGGCGUGAGAGAAAUUCCACGAGACAAGGUUCGUUUGCAUCAAAGUUAAGUGAUUUUAAUUAUUCGAAUUGGCUCACAGUUAGAUCACUCGAUAGGGAAGCUCACUUUUAUUUUAACAAUUUUUAAAUUCGAAAUGAAGGUCAUUGAUAGUAGCACUGAACGAGGGCUUUAGAAAAUCAAGAUUGGCUACAACAAUUUUCUCCGAGUCUACAAGCUUUGGGUAUCAACAAAAAGUAAGCCUGUCAAGAAUUGAAAGCUUACAGAAUGGUUUAGAAAGAAUAGCUUAAGAAGGUUUGCAAGAGCAUCAAAAGGGAUGAAGAGGAAUUUGGUUAAUAUAUGAGUGGAAAUUUACAUUUCCAUUGUUUCAUGAACUUGGAAUGCCUUGUCCUGUUUACAACAAAUGAGUCAUCGUUUUUAUUGUUGUGUACAGCUUGAAGUUCACAUUCGUGACCAAUGUCCUGAAGCUGCAGUUACCUGCGAAUACGAGAACCUGGGAUGCAAGGCUAUGGUAUGGAACUGUUUUCAAACUUGAUUAAACUCCAUUCCUCAUAUGCUGUGAAGCAGCUUGUCAGUGUGAAACAGGUUUUAAACAGGUAUUUAGGCAACUCUAGUCCGAGAAGGUUGUUUACCAAAGCUUAAUCGAAGCUUGUACUGUCAGAGGGGAAUCCACAACUUAAAGUAUUUAAUGUAGUCCCCAAGUUCAACGAGACUUUGAUGCUUAAAAUCAAGAAUUAAAUAAAAACUCAAAGUUUCGAGUCUAUAGGGCAAGAAAAGAUAAACCGCGAAAAAACAGAUUAGGAAGCGCAACUGAAUUCAAAACUUUAAAUUUUAAAAGAUUUAUUCCUUGAUGCCUGUAGUUUCCAAGAUCAAACACCGAUUCUCAUUCAAAGUCCGAAGUUGAAGGUCAUUUGAGGUUAGCCCUACAUUGCCUUGAGGCCACUCGGUUACAAGUUCAUGAUCUUGUCAGCCUUGUCAAAGAACAAUCACAGCAGAUAGAGCGAUUGAUGUCCAGUGAUCAAGAAAAGACACAACAGAUGGAGAGAUUGAUGGCUGAAGUUAAAGAACAGUCACUAGAUGUUAAAAGGCUGAUGUCCAAAGAUCAAGAACACUUACAGCAUGUACAAUGGCUGAUGUCCAAAGAUCAAGAAAAUUCACAGUAUGUACAAUGGCUGAUGUCCAAAGAUCAAAAAAAUUUACAGCAUGUACAAUGGCUGAUGUCCAAAGAUCAAGAAAAUUCACAGCAUGUACAAUGGCUGAUGUCCAAAGAUCAAGAAAAUUCACAGCAGAUGCGAGCGACACCAAAGGAUAAAGGAAAGUCAAAAUACAACUUCUUGGGGCGAAUAUUGCGCAAAGAUCAAGAAAUGAAACAACCAAUGAUAGCUCAAGUUAAGGAACAGUCAGAGCAGAUAGAAAAGCUGGAGAUUGCGAAUGAUCCAUUUGUAUGGAAAGUGCCCCACUUUCAUGCUCUUCUUGGCAAAGCAAAAACAGGGGUAAAACAAGUUUUACUGAGUGAAUCCUUUUCCCUGUGGAAAAACGGAUACAUGUUAAGAAUCAAAAUGAUGCUUGAAAAGUUUAGUGAGUGGGGCUCAGUUUUUCUAAGUCUCUCGAUCGUAAAUGUCCCUGGAGAAUUUGACAAGUCACUAUCAUGGCCAUUUGUAGAAAAAAUACACGUAGCAAUAAUUGAUCAGAAUCCAUGCAAGGAGGAGAGCGAUAACAUGUCGCAUGUGAUUGACUUUGGACACAAACGCGACCGAGCGACUUUUAAAGCUCUCACGAUAACCGGUGACUGCGAAUUUGGUACAAUAUUUGCCUCAGCAAAUGAGUUAUAUAACAGAUCUUAUAUAGUUAACGAUGCUGUUCUCAUCACAGCAAGUACAGAAGAGGACAAAGUUCAGCCUUCAUAA